AUGUCAAAAACCCCAAGGAUGUGGAACCUCCGGUUCGUCAGCGCGACAGCGGAAAGCCAAGACUUUUGGAAAGUUGGGUCGCGCCGCUGCAUGUGCACUUUUUACAAUGGGGAACAGACUGGGAACUUUUUGAUUUUCACGAGCCGAUGUCCUUUUCCUUCUAUUUCGAGUGGGGAGAGAACGCGGAUGGAACAAAACGGGGUUCGGGUGUGUGUGUACGAAUACAUACAUCGUAUGGGUAUUCAUGAAGCGAGUGAGAGUGCGAGAAAGCACAUAAAGUGGAUGCGGUUGUUUAUUAAACAGGAUGGAGAAACCAAGCAAAAGACAACGUGGCCGUGGAAUUCUGCAGACAUGUGA